AUGUGUUUGAAUUUGGCCAACCCAAGUCCACUCGCCAGCAUGCAGAACCUCAAGGCCAACUUGGCUGCUUCUGCCAACUACGAAAAUGAGCUGGGUGCCGCCAACCGUCAAGGCUACAACAGUCCGCUCAUGAUGCUCCCUUCUGGUCAAACUGUGCCAUUGACAGGCUUUUAUGGUCCAAAUCAAACCUCCACUGGAGAAGUUUCGGCACAUCUUCCUUACGUUCCCACUGGAAUGUUCCCAAACUUUGUUGGAAACACCACGAUGGGCUCAUCAACUCUUCCAGCCUGGCCGUAUGGCAUGACAACCAACGUUACUGGUUUUGAUCCUUCUCGUCAUGGUUCUUGGUCCUCCAAUGAAGAGAAUGCUUCCCAUACUCAAGCAAUGGCAUUAACAGGCCCAGCAGACUACUACACUGGCUUGCCAAUGCUCCCUGCGACCUUGACUGGUCAACACUACAUUGCUGGUCCAAUUCAACCUAUGAAGUGUCAGGACAACAAGUCAUAUGAGAUGGCCAACCUUGACGAGUUGGUCACCCGUGAUCCUCCUCUCCCCCGUGCUGUUCCAGCACUCUGGACCAACCAGGAAGAACUCAGUCUUGCCAAAUGUCUCCAGAACCCUGAAGGCAUCACCAAUGUCUACAUCCGUGGCUUCAUGCCAGACACCACAGAUGAGGAUCUUGAACGUUGGGCAUCUCGUUUUGGUGAGAUUGAAUCCUGCAAAGCCAUCAUCGAGCAGGACACCGGAAAGUGUAAAGGGUUUGGUUUCGUCAUGUACUAUUCUCCCGCUGCUGCCGAGAAUUGCAUUCGAGGCUUCUUCCAUAUGGGCUUCCAGGCCAGUUAUGCUCAGAAAUCCCGGAACUCUCGUCUCAAGGACCUUGAGGAUCGCAACUCCACCAAUAUCUACUGCACCGGUGUUCCCAUCGACUGGAAUGAAUCUGACCUGGCCAAACAUUUCUUACCUUUCCAUGCAGUCUCCACCAAGAUUUGUCGUGAUGCUCCUUCAGGUGUCAGCAAAGAGGUUGGGUUUGCCAGAUUCGAGAGCCGAGACAUUGCAGAGCGUGUCAUCAAAGAGUACCACAGCGUACUCACUGACCAUGAUGGAGUCAAACUCUUCCUUCGUUUCGCCGACACCAAAGCUCAGAAGCAGCUCAAACAGCAAAGUCAAGAACGUCGUAAUUGGCGCAGCCGAGAGUACAGCUACUCUGUUGAACAUACUCCAUCACCAACCUUGACUCGUCUUCAGAAUGUCAACAAUCACCUCAGUCCCGCAAGCUAUCAGUCCCCAGCUGGAGCUAGCAAUGGAUUUACCCCUGCGACGUCAGUCUCUCCAGCUGACAUGCCAGGUAUCAGCAAGACGAUUCACACCACUCGAAGUUCAGCUUGGCCGAUGCAAGGUAGUCUUCAGUCGAUCACCAACACCACGGCUACUCGCAACAAUGUUCAGACAACUACGGCUUCCCAAUCUUUCAUCGAAGUGCCUUCCAAGGUCAACAUUAUCGUUCCCAGUCCCCAAGACACUGUGGACGUGAAGAAAGCUAAGACUCCAAGCCCAAAGAAGGUGGCCAUUCGUGUUGACCCCCCAAGUGGCAAGGAGAACUUCGCCGGUACUCCACAGUCCAUUGAUUGA